AUGCUGCACGACGAGGAGAAGAUCGUUGGUUUGUCCAGCGCCAAUCCCAAAAUAGACGACAAGAAGGAGACGUCUUUUUCGACGCCGGAUGUCAGCAAUGCCCCAGAAACAUACGAUCCCUCCCAAGAAUCCAUCUGGACGAGACUCGGUCUGUCGUUCAACUCGUUCAGGAGUGCCCCUGCGACCACUGCCCGUGUGGCUGUUGCUACCGAUUCUGGUGAUAUUGCUCAAGAAGAAAUUGAAGGUGCAGCGUCGGACGGUGUCUUACAGAAAAAUAUCCCUGGCAGAUCUCUACAGAUGAUUGCUGUCGGUGGAUCUAUUGGUACCGGAUUGUUUAUUAGCACAGGUGGUGCUUUGGCUAACGGUGGCCCAGUCUCUAUGAUUAUCGGUUGGCUCAUCAUGUCUGUCACGCUGUUCUGCGUUGUCAACGCUAUCGGUGAACUCGCAAUAUUAUACCCAGCUGAAGGUGGUUUCUAUGCUAUGGCAAAUAGGUUUAUAGAUGAGAAUGUCGGUUAUGCUAUGGGCAUGCUCUAUGCUCUCCAAUGGGUCGUCGUCCUUCCGCUCGAACUCACAGCGAUCGCGCAGACGAUACAGUACUGGGAUGGCAAUAUAUUUGAUAUAUACACAUCGAACGCUGUCUGGAUAAGUGUCUUUUUCGUUGUCGUCAUCGUUAUCAACAUCUUCGGCAAUAAGGCUUAUGCAGAAGAGGAAUUUUGGUCGGCUAUCAUUAAAGUUGCUGUCAUUCUACUCUUCAUCAUCUCAGGAAUCGUCUUCAACUGCGGUGGUGGUCCUGACUCUGGUGAUUACAACAAUUACCUCGGCGGUGAGUACUACCAUCGACCAGGGUUGCACAACGGUAUAGCGAAUGGUUUCAAGGGCGUCUGCAGUGUUUUCGUUGCAGCUGGUUUCUCAUUUGCUGGCUCAGAGCUUGUCGGUAUCGCCGUUUCAGAAGUCAAGGAUCCUGUUAAGGUGAUGCCAUCAGCAAUCAAGGCCGUCAUAUGGAGAAUUUUCAUCAUCUUCUUCGUAUCUGUCAUCAUCAUAGGAUUAAAUGUCCCAUACGACGAUUCUAGACUGAUGAGUAGCGAAAAUCCAUCGGCUACCUCCCCAUUCGUUAUCAUGAUGAGCAAAGCUAGCGUGAACGGAUUGGACCACCUCAUCAACACUAUUAUCUUGCUCUCAUGCACCUCUAUCGCAUUGGCGUCUGUUUACGGUGGAUCCCGUACCAUACAAGCUAUGGCCCAACAGCGUUUUUUGCCGAGAUGGUGUUCUAAGGUUGAUAAAGCUGGUAGACCACUGAAUGCAGUAUUUAUCUCGCUACUCUUCGGCCCACUUGCAUAUCUAGCCCUGGCUAGCAACGGAUCAACGGUUUUGGAUUGGCUGAUCGCCGUCAGUGCACUGUCGACCUUGUUCACUUGGUUGUCUAUUUGCGUCUGUCACAUCAGAUUCCGUACUGCUUGGUACAAGCAAGGUCACACUAAAGACGAGAUCCCAUACCAGAGCGCGUCAGGUAUCCUCGGCAGCUAUUUCGCAGGUUUCGUCAUUAUCCUCAUCCUUAUUGCACAAUUUUACAUCGGUGUUUUCCCUAUCGGAGAGGGUAGCAUGAAUGGAAUGGAGAGAGCAUCAGAGUUCUUCCAGGCUUAUCUUGCUUUGCCCGUCGGAUUGCUCUUCUAUGGUCAAUCUUUCUUCGUAAAGACGUCAUGGCCAACGAGGAGUAAAGAUAUUGAUUUGGAUACGGGUAGAAAGGUCUUCCUUACGGCUGACUACCUCAAUGCACAACGCCAAGCUCGUAAGAAUGCGCCUAUUCACAAGCGUAUCUGGCAAAUUCUAUUCAAUUAA